AUGGCGACGGACAAGACAUGCACCUGCGUUGAGGAGCGUGCCAAGGCCGUGACGAGCCAGGACUCGCCCAGUAUCGACAUGGACUUCAUGGAAAAGGGGGCGUUAGAGGCCAACAGUGCAACCCCCUUCGAGUUCAACUUCUACGAUCGCGGGAAUUGGGGCAUCAUCCUUCAUUGCUGGUGUUCGGGCUUCGUAUCUGGAGGCUUCAGCGCCUUCCUCAUGGGAGUGGUUGCUGGCUAUUUGAAUGUCAACGCAGACAUCAUCCGAGGUCUUCAGAACAUGUCCUCGCUGCCGAAUGUCUUCUCAAUCCUCAUGGGUAUCGUGUCGGACUCCCGCCCAAUUUUCGGAUAUCGACGCCGGCCCUACCUGGUGUUUGGAUGGAUUAUGAGCACAACUGCUUACUCCAUUAUGGCUGUGAUGGGGCUCCCUGAGCCCUACUACUGCGUGGGACCGGAUGGUGACUACCUUCUUGAUCAGGAGCCCUGCAAUCCAGAUGCUGACCAGUACUAUGUGCCCCUGAUGAUCUGUCUCUUCACCGCCAACAUCGGGCUCUUAGUGAGCGGGUCUGCCGGGCGGGGGCUGAUGGUCGAGUAUGCCAAGGCAGAAGCCGAGGAGCGCCGGGGUCGAACGCAGACAGUCCUUUCCAUGGUCGGCUUGGUCGGCCAAUUCUCGUCGCUGCUGGUGGCCGGCUUCGGCUUCAACGGAAGGCUCUUCAACGGCACCUGGGAUCAACGCUACCAGCUUGGCUUCAGACAGUACGUUUCCAUCUUCGCCGUCGCAUCCCUGAUUGCCGGCUUGUUCUGCAUUCGCCAUGUUCGCGAGGGAGUAGGCGCAGAUGUCUCGCUGCGGAAGUAUUGUUGGCAAGCUUGGAGUCUCUUUGAGAGCAAGGCAGUCGCUGCUGCUGGCCUCUACUUCUUCGUAAGGGCCAUUCUCGCAAAAGUCUUUACGACUGCGAGCUUCUGGGUCAUGAUGGAAGCUCGGCUGUAA